AUGGAAAAUGAAAAUAAGAAAACGAAUUAUAUUUCAACAUACAAUCGAGAUAGGAAUGUGAUAGAUUUCAACGAUAAGGAUUACGAGGGCAACCAACUCAACGACGAUGAACUCGCUGUUAAUUUAGAAGCAGAGGAGAAAGUAACGCCGUUCGUAGUAUUUCUUACUUGCGCUGCUGCCGUUAGUGGCCUUUUAUUUGGUCUCGAUACGGGGAUUAUAUCGGGUGCUUUGGUUGAAAUGGAUGAUGCGUUCGAUAAGCCUUUAACAGAUACUUACAAGGAGCUCAUUACAUCUGCCACUACUCUCGGGGCCCUCAUUUCCUCACUAUGCGCGGGUAUAGCUGCAGAUAUCAUCGGCAGAAGACUCGCUCUCACCGGCGCAGACAUCUUCUUCACCGUCGGCGCCAUCGUACAAGCUUGUGCUAAGGAUGUGUGGACCAUGAUCGUAGGCAGAUUCAUUCUCGGUCUCGGCGUCGGCUGGGCCUCAUGUGUUGCGCCGCUCUAUAUAGGCGAGCUCUCUCCGACUAGGCUGCGAGGAAGACUUGUCACUGUAAACGGUGCAUUCCUCACAUUCGGUCAGGUGAUAGCAUAUGCUAUCGGUGCAGCCUUUGCCAAUGUUGACGACGGGUGGCGGUACAUGGUUGGUCUGUGUGCCGUUCCCUCUGGACUCCAACUCAUUGCAUUGCAUUGGCUACCAGAGUCCCCCCGCUUUCUUCUCUCACGCGGUAAGGAUGAGGGUGCGCGCAAGGUGCUCGCCCGUAUAUACCCAUACAUCAACCAAGAGGACAUGACGGCCAAGCUGCAUGUCCUCCAACAGGGGGUAAAAGAGUCGCUCGAAAUCUCCAACCGCAUUCCACUGCAUAAGCGAAUAGUAAAAAUGUUCACCGAACCUGUCGUGCUUAAAGUCACCGUUAUCGCAGCAGGUCUGCAAGCUUUUCAGCAGCUGUCAGGUUUCAACACAUUGAUGUACUACUCCUCGACUCUCUUUGCGCAGAUCGGUUUCGACCAGCCCACCGCAACGGGGCUGAUUGUCAGCGGGACCAAUUUCCUCGGUACGCUUUUCGCACUCAAGUAUAUUGACGUGAUUGGUCGGCGUCGAAUAAUGCUUAUUAGCGCACCUAUGCUAGUCGUCUCGCUAACUUUCGCCAGUAUCUGCUUCCAUUUCCUGACGCAAGAGACAGGUGGGCAUUUCGUAGACGGACACGACUAUCCGAGGGUAUGGUCUGCGCUGGUGCUGGUCGCGAUUGUGCUCUAUGUCCUUUUCUACGCCGUUGGACUGGGUAACGUACCAUGGCAGCAGGGCGAGCUGUUCACGCUCGAGUACCGCGGUAUCGGUACAUCUCUCGCUACUGCUGCGAACUGGUCGUGCAAUUUACUCAUAUCGCUCACUUAUCUCUCGCUCAUCAACACUAUAACCGCCGCAGGCGCUUUCGGGUUCUACGCUGGCCUCUGCUUUUUAGGAACCCUCUUCGUCAUCUUCUGUUACCCAGAUCUCACCAAAUUGUCCCUCGAGGAAGUGCAGGAUGUCUUUGCGGGUAAAGGGUUCAAGGAUGCCCGGAGAAGAGCGGAGGUUAUGCGCAAGUCUAAAUCUGAAGUACUUUAUAGACUUCAUGAGAAGGACGGUGCGCUGACGCCUGAUUCACCGGAUGAGUAG